AUGCGCAGACAUGAACUCACAAUACAGCAGGGAUGCCUCAUGUGGGGCGUGAGGGUGAUUGUGCCACCUAAGCUGCGCUCUGGUGUCCUGCAAGAGCUCCACACUGCACAUCCAGGGAUGGUGAGAAUGAAGAGCUUAGCUCGCAGCUAUGUUUGGUGGCCUGGGAUUGAUUCUCAGAUUGAGCUUCAAGCUAAAGCCUGCCACUCUUGUCAGCGUGUGCACAAAGAGCCUGGGUUAGCACCCCUGCACCCUUGGUUGUGGCCUUCAUGUCCGUGGGAACAGAUCCAUGUAGAUUUUGUGGGUCCUUUUGAAGGUCACAUGUACCUGGUGGUGGUAGAUGCACAUUCAAAGCGGCCUGAGGUGCAUAUUAUGGAUGGCACCACAGCUGGUAAAACCAUACAAGUGCUCUUUAGUCUCUUUAGUCGUCAUGGCCUUCCCCAUGUCCUGGCGAGUGAUAACGGACCGCAGUUCUAUUCUGAGGAAUUUAGGGUGUUCCUGAAAGCUAAUGGAGUCAAACACAUUCGCUCAGCGCCAUACUAUCCUGCCACUAAUGGGUUGGCUGAGCGUUUUGUUCAGACAUUCAAGCAUGCACUGAAAGCUUCCACGAGUACAGCACCUGUGCAACGACGCCUGGACACGUUUCUUUUGACAUAUCGCAACACUCCCCAUGCAACAACUAGAGAAACGCCAGCCAUGUUGUUCAUCGGACGCAAGCUGCGCUCUCCACUGGAUGUUCUGAAGCCCAGUGUGGCCGGCACAGUGUGUCGGUCACAAGAUGCUCAACAACAAUGCUGACAGCAACACUCUCGGGACAGAUGGUUCACUGUGGGAGAGCCUGUCCUGGUGCGUGAUUAUAGGAAGGGAGAGGACAAGUGGACGCACAGUGUUGUUCUGGAGAAGACUGGGCGAGUGUCAUACAAGGUGAAUGCGGGAGCCCAAGGUGUGUGGAAACGUCAUGUAGAUCAGAUGCUGACAUGACCAGAGUCAGGAUCUCAACAGGUCACAGUAGAUCUUCCGACAAGCUCUCAGAUGUCACCAGCCCAGAGUGGUAGUGACACCAUGCUUCACCCUUGUACAUCUCUGCAGGAAGAGACUGUUGAACAGGUUCUGGGGACCACCUCACCUCCAGAAACACCCCAGUCUCUUACAACAGCACCGACUGACUGUACACAGGUUACAGAGUCUGUGAGACGUUACCCAGUGAGAGUCACCAAGCCCCCCCCGCUCCUUAUCGAGAUGGGUGAACGUAUUAAGUAGUUCAGUGAGAAUGUUGGUGUUCAGAGAC